AAACAUGGUCUUUGAUUUAACAUACUCUCUUGUAGAAACACGACAGUUAGUUAGAACGAAAAUUGUUGCAUGUAUAUGGUCACCGAAGACUGACUUGAUUGCUUUAGGUUCCGAUGAUGGAUGUGUUUCUGUGCAUAGAUAUAAAAUGACAUGUAUUUGGGAGUGUACAAAGUCAGAUCUAGGCAGUGUAUCAAAUUUAUCAUGGAGACCAGAUAGUAAAAUAUUGACUGCAGCAUUUUCAUCUGGUACAAUAUGUUUUUUUCUUGUUAAUGAUGGAUUCAUUUUUCAUGAAUUACAAUUUCCCAAUUCAAUUGAUUAUCUCUUCUGGACUAAUCAUCAAAUUCCAUGUACAAAUCCUACUGCUACAACUACUACUACUACUACAACUUGUACUACUACUGAUAAUGAUGAUGAAGAACAGAGUGCUAGGAAUGCAGAGAUGAAUUGUCUAAAGAAUAAUGCAUCUAUAUUCUUUCCAAAUCUGAAGCAUUUAACUCUAUUCAAAUCUGAUGUCAAUUUUGCAUCGUCUGAUGUUUGUAAAUAUGCACAACUACUUGAUGAUAUUGAUUGUAACAACUUACCUAUAUUGACAGUGUACACAAAACGUACCGUAUAUUUUUAUGGAUAUGGAGUAUUUGAAAUUGCUGUUUAUCAUUUACAUGCAACUACUACCAAUCAUACAUUCAAGCUUAUCAAUUGUCAUUUAUCAGUGGAACAAAAUAUACUUUUAAUUACUGAAUCGUUUCUCAAUGAUGAUGGACAAUUUUGUGUGGUCUGUCAUAAGAUUCCUUGUGAUGGAAUUCGUAAAUUUCAUUAUCAGCUACUGAAAUUGUCAUCAUCGGCUUAUUCAAUUAAAAUUACCAAGUCUUUAUUAGAUUGGAGCUUUAAUCAAGUAUGCAUUUGUUGGGAAGAUAUGAUUUUAGAAAUGGAUGCUAAAUUCACAAAAUAUGCUCGUGAACGUUUAGAACAAGAUAAAGAAUGGUCUUUAUGUGUGGAACUGCUGCAGUUCCUUCUUUUUGGACGUUGUUUUCCUGAAUUAAAAAAAUUUCUUGUUGAAGAUUGGAAUGCGGCUAGUUUAAAACGUACUGGUACAGCAACUUUAAAAGCUUAUGAAUCAAUUAAAAUAAUAUGUUUUCAACAAAUUCAAUUCUUCUUACAACGUCUUCUAUUUCAUGUGUCUGAAGUUUUGGGCAGUUUACGUGAUACACAAUUAUAUCAUGAAUUGCAAAUUCCAGCAUCUACUGCAUUGACACUUUUUCGAACAAUUGGAAUGACUUUGCAAAAAACUCAAGAAUUACAGUUAGUAAUUGACAAAAGUCUAACACAAUUACGUUCUUUCUUUAAAUGGUUAUACGGUGCUAUCCUUGAACAAUCUGGACGUAUUCUGCCUAAAGAUUUUCCGCGGAUAAAUGUAAUUGAACGUGAACUUGUUAUAAAUUUUAUUACAAAUUCACUACAACCUGUAUUUGUAAAUGGUGAAUUACAAAACUAUCAAGUUGAUUUAGUUGAACAAUAUAUUCGAUCUGGUGAAGUGAAGAAACCAUUAGAAGUUGUUUCUCAAACCUCAUUAAAAAAUGAUAAAGAACGUACAGAUUUACGAAAAGUACUUGAAGAAAUUAUUGCUCAAACUGAUGAAUCAUUAUUACCAGAUGGUCUAUAUCAUUAUUGUUCUCGGACUACUCUGGCUGAUCUAAUUCAAAAGAAAAUAGAUUGUCAAAUUAACAAUUUAAUUAAAUUACCAUCAUCGACUAAUAAUACCACACGUGGUUGCCUAGAUAUAAAUGGUCGAACUCAACAAAUAUUAUUAACUGGAGUAUCACCUAAUUUAAUAAAUUGUGGAGUACAUUUUAGCAUAAUUCAUUGUUGUUUCGAUGAAACCAAUCAACAGAAAUCAUCACAAAUACUACUAACAAAAAAAACCAAUGAUAAUAGUAGUAAUAGUAAUAGUAAUAAUAAAUCAGGAAGUAUUUUAAUGGCUUAUACAAUUGGUGAUGAAAAUUCAAGUUUUCAUUCACUACUUACAAUUGAAAUAGAUUGUAGUAAUGGUAGUGGUGAUAAAUCUGAAUUUAAAAUAAUGAAUGGUGUUGAAUUAUUUUUGGAUACAAUACCUGGCGAUUCUAAUCCUGCACAUUUACCAUACGAACUACAAGAUGUGCAAUUUUAUACAUCUCAAAUACUAUUAUUACUAGUAUCACGUCGUUCAAAACACUGCAGAACUGCAUCCAUACGACGAUCACCAUACAAAAUCAAUAUUGGUUGUAGUAGUACUAGUGGCAGUGGUAGUAGUAGUAAAAACAUAGAUGACGUUUUAUCCUCAUCUCCGCCGAUACCAUCAGUACACGGUGGUGAUUUAAUGCAUAGUUGGCUUGUCAUGGUACCAAUUCGUGAUGUAUUGAAUAGUGUUGAGAAUUCUACCGGCGGCAUAGUCCAGUCAACAAAUACAAUUGCUUCAAUUGUCAAUGAUUCAUUUAAAACAAAUAUGCCAAGAAAAAAUAUUUCCGAAUUUAUUACACAUAGAAAUAUUGAAGCAUUACCAUGGCAUGCUAUCAAGCUGACAACAAAUGGAGAUCGUUCAAUUGUUUUUGUUCUUUUUGAAAAUAAUUCCACAUGUCGUGUUUAUUUAAUUGAACGAUUAGAACAAGAUGAAACAAUAAUUGUUGAUUAUUCUGUCAAUAAGGAUAAACCUUUAGAAGAUACUACUGCUACUAUUACUACUACUUCUACUUCGACCACGACUGCUACUACUACUACUACUGCCACGACUGUGACUGCGACGUCUGCCACUGCUACUCCGACUACUACUACCACGACUGCGACUGUAACGUCUGCUACUGUUGUCGAUGAUGAUGCUGCUGAUGAUAACAAUCAGGAUAAUACUGUGGAAAAUGAUCAGAUGAUUGCUGGAACGAGUAAUGUUAAAUGA